GCCGGGGGCGCGGCGCCGACGCCGAGGCGCGGCCAUGGAGGGGAAGACCCGCGCCGGGGUCGCGCUGGUGCCGGGGCCGAGCGGCCGCGGGCCUUCCGCCCGCCGCGCCCGCCGCGCCCGCCGCCGCCCGGGGCCGCUGCUCCCCGGCCUCUGGCUGCUGCUGCUGGCCCGGCCGGCCUCGUGCGCCCCAGAUGAGCUCUUUCUGGAACAGCAAAACCUCUCUUUAUCCUCCGUGGAGCUCAUGAUGAAGAAAAGCACCGUGCACAGCACUGCACAUGUGGCCUUAACAGAAACUGCCCCAGGGUCCCAGGAAAGCAGUUCUCUCCACGUCAUAUCAUCUCCAUCCACCACUAUUUUUGAUACAAUCUUUUUUAACCAAGGAGCAAUGACCCAGAGUAUAGCAGAUCACAGCAUCUUGGUGGCAAAUUAUGUGUCGAUGAUGAGCAAUGCGGUGGUCAGAGAGGAUGAUGAGAUGGAUAACUUUUUGCCAGAAGCUCCCUGGACCACUUCCCGCGUGGUCUCUCCGAUUCGGUAUCUCCCGGUCAGCCCGCCGGCGCUGACUCCAUCCUCACCCAUUAUUUCUUUACAAGACCAACAGAUGACAUCAGCGUGGCAGAACACAAUGCAACAACCAACAACGUAUCCCGAAUCCCCCUGUCAUUUCAGUGCUUUUCGGUCAGCUUUUCCCACAUCCGAGGGCCUGCUUCCAACUCCUGGUAGGAACUUGGUGCUUUAUCCUACUGACGCUUACGGGCACUCAGCGAGCAGGACUUGGCCGGAGAUUGUGGCUUCAGGCACGGAGGAGGCAGAAACCCUUCCUUCUAGCUCUCUGUCUGCAGAGCCUCUGCCCUUAGGCAGUGGCCUGACUCAGCAGCCUUUGCCCUCCUGGGCGGAGGUCCCACCGCCUCCAGAGGAUGUUCCGGCCACGGCCAGAUACCCUGAGGCGACCACAGCUGUGAGUCGUAGUCUAGAAGGAACCAUCCUUUCUAGAACAGAGCCUGCCUCCGCUCUGGCACAGAUGGCCCUGGCUUGCAGUGGCGGCAGCCCAAAUUCGGCUUUGUUCUCCUCUUCUCCCGCCUCCGUGUCCUCUUCUCCUCCAUCAGCGGAUGUUUCUUCUCACCCCCCUCUCCCCGGCAGCUCCGCUGAGACGUCGGAGCUGCCGGGCGACGCAGUGGUCGUCGCAGCCCUUGAGGACGACGCUCGCGGCCUGAGCCCGCCGUGCACGGGCUGCGUGUCCUGCCGCGUGGCGUCGCCUCGGCUCGUCGCGCCAGCCAGCCUCCCGGGGGGGGAGGACGCGGGCUCGGGGGACGGCGCCGAGACCCUGUCGGUGGGCGCCGCGGGGGCGCGCGGCGUCUCUCCGCCCAGCCGCGGGGGGGCGGACUUCCCGGAUUUCGGAGAAGAGCCGCGGGACUGCGAGCCGCGUUUCCCCUCCCGGCCGGCGGUUGCACUCUCUUCUCCCUCCGCGGGCGCCUCAGGAACGAGCGGCGGGGUUUCAGCCGCGGCGGCUGCGAGGCGUGGCGGGGCCGGCGCGGUGCCUCCUUCCCGCGGCCGCCUCUCCGCGCCAGCGUCACCCGAUCCUGCGCCCUUGGGCUCCUCCCCCGUCGCCGAACCGCCGGGGCCUCCCUGGGUCGCCAGCCGCGUGCUGCCCGGCUCGUCCGUCCCGCGCCCCGCGGGCCCCAAGCGCCCCGCGCCCGCUCGCGGGGACCCACGGCCUUCUCCUCCGGCUUCCGCUCGGGGCGCGUCCGGGGAGCCUUCGCUGCUCCCUGGCCCGGAGCCUGGCCGCUUUCCGGCACGUGAAGCCGCACGGGCCCUGGCGUCCGCGGCCGGUUUUCUCUCAACGCCAGCGCUGGAGCUCGGCAGCCUGGCCCCUUCACCGUCAGAAGGACUUGCCCCUGCGACUGUGGGGACAGCGAGUGCGGCGGCCGCUUUCGCUUCUCAGGCGUCCUCUGCCGCGGCUGAGACGCUCGCGUGGCCCGGCUCUCUCCGUGCGCCGUCCGCCCCGCCUUCCGUCCCUCCCUCCCCAGACUCUGAAUGUUCUCAGCCGCGGCCGAGUUCAGACCUUCUUUUACGAACCUUCGCGUUCCUCCCUGGCUGCUCCGAGAUGCCGCGCCUCUCAAGCCUCCCUUCUGAUGCUCUCAAGUCCUCUGAAGCCGCAGCGGUUCCCCCGACAGGUCCCGAAGCUCCUCUCACCGCAGCCCUCACUGACACUACCUCCUCUUUCGAGUUGUCACUCGUUGCCCGUGACUCUGCGGUCACCACCCUGGUGCCCUCCAGGUCUGAGCCCACCCUUGACAUUUUGGCUCUUGGGACUCACUUCCCGUCACCUUUGACUGCUUUUCAUCCGACACCCAUUUUAGCAGAAUCUUCUCUCUUUCCAGCUCCAACUCCAGCACCUUCCAGUGACGAAGUCAGUGCUACGCGUGACCGCUCACCUGUCUUCCCCUCUUUCUCCAAAGUCAUUGCCAGUCCCACACUGCUGGUCACUGAUGCGUACCUGUCGUCAGCAUCCUCGUUUGUUUCUGAGGUGGUCCCCUCACCUCUUCCUACAGAGCCAAUAUUCGUGGGCCCGUCAUUCACACCCACAGAUUUACCAAUGAACACCUCCACGGAACCCACCUCACCCAACACCAGUGCUGCCCCUGAUCGGACUGUUGACAGCACCCCGAGCAGCAGAACUGCGAGUCAGAACCCCCCCGAGAGCAGUUCGGUGCGACCCCCGCCGUCCCUUCAUCCCGUGCCCACCUCCACUUCUGAAGCAACUGUUGAUAAUCCGGCACCGGUCACCACCAAGCCGCCAUAUGUGUGUGAUAUUACAGUUCCCGAUGCCUAUUUGAUCACAACCGUGCUGGCCAGAAGAGCUGUGCAGGAGUACAUCAUCACGUCCAUCAAAGAGGUGUUGAGGAUUCACUUCAACCGGGCGGUGGAGCUCAAGGUUUAUGAACUAUUCGCUGACUUCACUUUCCUGGUAACAUCGGGGCCUUUCGUUUACACGGCAAUAUCAGUCAUAAAUGUACUUAUAAACAGUAAACUUGUACGUGACCAAACUCCUUUAAUCCUGGCUGUGAAACCUUCCUUCCUUGUGCCAGAGUCCAGGUUCCAAGUUCACACGGUUCUUCAGUUCGUGCCUCAGAGUGUGGAUACCAGCUUCUGCAACUUCACCCAGCGCAUCGAGAAAGGCCUGAUGAUAGCUCUUUCUGAAGUGAGAAAACACCACCAGGGGACGCAUAACUUCACCGUGCAGAUCUUGAAUAUCACCAUGGGUGCGUCAAGGCCGGCUCCUCGGCGGGGCCCGGUGAAUAUCGUCUUUGCCGUCAGGGGCACGCAGGGGUUUCUGAAUGGGACAGAAGUGAGCCAGCUGCUCAGAAACUUGAGCGUGGUGGAGUUCAGUUUCUACCUGGGGUACCCAGUGCUCCAGAUCGCCGAACCCUUCCAGUACCCGCAGCUGAACUUAUCUCAGUUGUUGAAGUCCUCCUGGGUGAGAACAGUUCUCCUGGGCGUUGUCGAGAAGCAGCUCCAGAAUGAAGUGUUUCAGGCUGAGAUGGAGCGCAAGCUGGCCCAGCUGUUCAGUGAGGUGUCCACCCGGAGGCGGAUGUGGAGAAGGGCCACCAUCGCUGCCGGGAACAGCGUGGUGCAGAUGGUAAACGUGUCAAGGCUGGAGGGAGAUGACAAUCCCGUGCAGCUCAUCUACUUUGUGGAGGAUCAAGAUGGAGAAAGACUCAGUGCAGUCAAGUCUUCAGAUCUGAUUAACAAGAUAGAUAUCCAGAGAGCAGCCAUUAUCUUGGGUUACCGAAUUCAAGGCGCUGUUGCCCAACCCUUGGACAGAGUGAAGAGGCCGUCCCCUGAGUCCCAGAGUAGCAACCUCUGGGUCAUUGUCGGUGUGGUCAUUCCAGUGCUGGUGGUGAUGGUGAUUGUCAUCAUCCUCUACUGGAAACUCUGCCGCACAGACAAGUUGGACUUCCAACCCGACACGGUGGCCAACAUCCAGCAGCGUCAGAAGUUGCAGAUCCCUAGUGUGAAGGGCUUUGAUUUUGCUAAGCAGCAUCUGGGUCAGCACAAUAAAGACGACAUCUUGAUUAUUCAUGAGCCAGCACCACUACCAGGACCGGGACCGGGGAAGGACCACACCACGCCCUCGGAAAACGGAGAUGUGCCGAGCCCCAAGGCAAAGAUCCCUUCCAAGAACCUCCGUCACAGAGGAAGAGUUUCUCCCUCGGAUGCUGACUCUACCGUAAGUGAGGAGUCCAGUGAGAGGGACGUGGGAGACAAGACGCCGGGACCAGUGAACGAUGGCCAGUCCCACAGAGGCCCACAGAGCGGGCCACCGCCGCCCAGUUCGGGGAACGAGCAGCACUCGUCGGCCUCCAUCUUUGAGCAUGUGGACAGGCUGUCCCGGUCCUCGGAGGCCAGCAGGCGGGUUCCCAGUAAGAUACAGCUGAUCGCCAUGCAGCCCAUCCCGGCCCCUCCGGUUCAGCACCCCGUACUGGCCGACCGGGUGGCAGAAACCAACAAAAUUAACAAGGAGAUCCAGACGGCGCUGCGGCACAAGUCCGAGAUCGAGCACCAUCGGAACAAGAUCCGGCUCCGCGCCAAGCGCCGCGGGCACUACGAGUUUCCGGUGGUGGACGACGUGUCCUCGGGCGACACGCGCGAGCGGCACCGUGUGUACCGCAGGGCGCAGAUGCAGAUCGACAAGAUCCUGGACCCCACGGCCAGCGUGCCCUCGGUGUUCAUAGAGCCCAGGAAGAGCUCCAGGAUAAAGCGAUCUCCCAAACCACGUCGGAAACACCAGGUCAAUGGCUGCCCCGGAGAUGCCGAGAAGGACAGACUCAUCACCACAGACAGCGACGGCACUUACAAAAGGCCCCCCGGUGUCCACAACUCCGCCUACAUCGGUUGCCCAUCCGAUCCCGAUCUCCCGGCCGAUGUGCAGACCCCAUCCUCUGCUGAGCUGGGGAGGUAUCCAGGCCUGCCCUUCCCAGCCUCCCAGUACAUCCCGCCCCAACCGUCAAUCGAGGAGGCACGCCAGACCAUGCACUCUCUCCUGGAUGAUGCUUUUGCUCUCGUGGCCCCCAGCAGCCAGCCUGCCAGUUCUGCGGUCGCAGGCCCUGGGGUCCCAGCCAUCCUGCCUGUGAACAGCACCCCUUCCCGGGAUGAGAGGCGAGCCACCCAAUGGGGGUCCUUCUACAGCUCUGCUCAGACGGCCAACAACCCAUGUAGCAGAUAUGAAGACUAUGGAAUGACUCCCCCAUCAGGCCCAUUGCCAAGACCAGGUUUUGGCCCCGGUUUGCUGCAGGCUUCGGAGCUGGUGGCCCCAGAGCUCCAGCAGCCACAGGCAUCGGCUGAAGCCCCGGUCGCCGCCCGAGGGAUCUACUCGGAGGACAUGCCAUCGGUGGCCCGGCCACGGCCUGUCGGGGGCACCACAGGCUCCCAGAUUCAGCACCUGACGCAGGUGGGAAUUGCAAGCAGAAUUGGAGCCCAGCCAGUGGAAAUCCCACCAAGUAGAGGCGGCCAGUAUGGGGGACCAGGUUGGCCUUCAUAUGGGGAGGAUGAAGGUGGCCGAAGAGAGGCUACACACAUGCUUGGACAUCAAGAAUAUUCUUCUUCACCGCUGUUCCAGGUGCCAAGGACUUCAGGAACUUAUUUUAAUAGUCAUAUUAACAACAAAAAUACUAAGACUGUUUGGGAAUAAAAAAAGCUACUAGUAAGAAACCAAAUGAUAGAUUGUAGAGCCUGAUGAUUCCAAAAGAAGCCAUCAUCUGCAUUUUUCCUUCUACUUCUGGUGCUACAGCUCCGAGGGCCCCUUCACCUUUAUGUCUGUGAAAUGCAACUUUGGCUUUUUCAAUGGGAGGAUAUGUUGAAGAUUUCAUUUUGUUCUAUAAAGAAAAAAAAAAACACCUCCCAAACCGGGGGGGGGGGGGAGUUUAAUAUUUAUUUGGUUAUUCAAAAUACAUAUCGAAGUUUAGAUUUACAUUCUUAAUUGUAUUUGCUGUUUAUUAAUUGGGCGCAUGCAACUACCAACAGCAUCCCAUUUCAGUGCAUGCCAUCAUUAAGCUCAGACCUACAAAAGGAGGCUUUCAGGAGGUCAUAACUAAUCCUUGCACUUGGCUGAUGAGUUGCUCACAAAUUAUGUUUGAAUGAGAAAUCUUACAUGAGCAAAAAUUAUUUAUAAAAACUACCAGGGCCAACAAAUUGUUAUUCACGAGUACGUUUCUAGUAAUCACAUUCUCUGUGUUCAAGACCUGGAAAUGGAGUUCGGUCCAGCCUUUCAGUAAUAAAUCAAGAAAUGUAAAGAAGAGCUUUGAGGACCACAAGGGAAAGGAGAGAGUUGCUCCUGGUUUCUGAUUUUAUUGUGCAUACCACUGAGUGACUGUUAAAACCAUCUUAUGUUCUUGGGACCUGACAGAGGGUAUCAUCUGUCUUGAGAUUCACUCCUGAAGUAAACAUUUCCCUACUUCCCAAAUUAGACUAAGGGGUAUAAUAACAAGGGCCAUUCUGUUUUCUGAUACCUGAGUAAAGCUCAGAAGAAAAACAGGUAACGGAUUUCCACUAUGAAUUCUUUUUUUAUUAGAUCCACUAAUACUUUUAAUUAACAAUGGAUAAACAGAAUUUGGGGCUCUGAUGAAUCAAAAUCUGUAUCAAAUUGUAAGAACCCUGAAACAGCUAAAAUAGGUUUCCAAAGUGUAAUCACUGGGGGCCAGAAUCAUGUUUUAGCACUUCCUCAAUGAAGCCUGUCAGUCUUAUGAUACAGGGAAUGUUGCUUCUGGGAAGUUAAAUGUAGCCUUGUUUUUCAUCUGUGCUCUCUGAAAGAGGAGGGGUGCAGGGGAAUAAGUCUCUCAUGGAUGUUAAAGGAAUGGAAAUCCCUUAUCAGGUAGUCCUCACAGGCUCCAAGGAGUGUGGGAGAUAAGACCCCUUUCUGGGAAUGAUUUUUUACCUCUCAGUUUUCGUUUAAUACCAGACUCUCCCCAGAGUGGAGAAUUAUCUUUGCAUGUCGCUCAAAAAUACCAGGUUUCCUUACUAGGUUAAGAAUUUGAGAUAUCCGAGCAGAAUUUUAUUACAGACACCUUAUAGUGAAUUCAGAUCGUGUGACCGCAAAUGGAGUAAACAUAGACCCCCUCCUCCCAUUCUGCUCAGUGUCAUGUUUGCACAGUGUACUAAGAAUGGUUACCUCCUCUGUACAUCCCAGAAACGGGGGUCUCUUUUCCAGAGGGCUUCUGUAGUGAUUCUGAUGCCUUUCAGACUAGCAUAAAAGGAUUCUGCCUGUAUUGUUAUGCUUAAAAUUGAUAGACUUUUCAACGAAUGUCAUGACCAAAGAUAACAUAGGAUAACCGUGGUGUGUGGUGUGGUGGAGGCAGGCUCAUGGGAUCACCAGCAUUCUUGUGUUGAUUGUAAAGCACACUCUGCACUUGUUUUCUCUGAACACCUGCAGCAGUUUUACCUGUCACCAAACUCAGGACAGACUAACUGUCGUGGGGAGCACCACACCCAGGUGGGUCUUUGGAUACUCAGUUAACAUGAUUUACUGAAAAGAAAGGUCCUCAUGUUGAUCUUGUGUGGCUUUGAAGUUCCAUUAACUGAAGUACUCUAAAAUGAAAAGUUAAAUUUUGUAUCUAUUCUCUUUUCCUAGUUUAAAAGUUCUGGUGGUAAUAAUGCAAGCCAUAAAGUUGAGUCAAAAUUUCAGAGAGGGUUGGAGAUCAUUUUCAGAGUCUACUUUGUCACCAACUUGCUGUGUCAGGUACCUUCCUGAGCCUCUUUCUCCCCAUCAGCCAAAUGAGGACAGACCUCUUCUGUCCACCUCCCAGAAUUUCUUGUUUCAAGAUUCAGCUAUGAUCUUGUGCAUAAACAACCCUUGAGGAGGGUGCACAAAGCUUGGUGAAAUGUAAAACAUUAUCUGUAUGAUUGUACUGGGAUUGGACAGUCUGACAUGCUCUUUUCUACCAGUGAAUGACUUCACAUGGAGGUAACCAGAGCAAAACCAAGGGCUCCAUGUGACUCCUCUUCCUCUUUCCCAAUUUGCUUGAAAUUCACAUCCUUCAUCCUUAACUUUAAAACAGCAUUUAUUGGGCGCCUGGGUGGCUCAGUUGGUUAAGCGACUGCCUUCGGCUCAGGUCAUGAUCCUGGAGUCCCUGGAUCGAGUCCCGCAUCGGGCUCCCUGCUCAGCAGAGUCUGCUUCUCCCUCUGACCCUAACCCCUCUCAUGUGCUCUCUCAUUCUCUUUCUCUCAAGUAAAUAAAUAAAAUCUUAAAAAAAAAACACCCAGCAUUUAUCAAACAUCUUUCUGCACCUGAAUUUUUGCCAUUCCUAGCACCAAAAAAGUCAACAUGAGUCCCGUCCCGUCUUUUAGAUCUUAGAAUCUAAGUCAGAUAGCAUAGCUGGGUAUAAAAGAUGGAAGAUACAGAUACAUAAUGUGAUGUGAACAUCAGUAAGAUUCACUGAAAAUACACAAGUACGUUGGGUACUCAGGAGAAAGGAAGUUGCACAUUUGGAAACCAUGGGAUCCUAGGGAGAAGUCCACUUCAGAAGCUACUUUAAUGAAGACGGGGGAGCUGGUGAGAUGUCAAGGGAAGAGCUGGGAAUGGGCCUGGGGAAGGACGGAGAAAGUGGGCGAAGCUGUCCUCGAAAAUGAACUUGACCUGCUGCAAUAUGGGGACAGGAUCCCUAACUGCACCAUUUAGGGAGUUUUAAUAAAACAAGAGGAGGAAAUGGGGCUGUGAGGAUGUGUUUGCAAUAAUACAGCAAGAAAAUGGCUGGGUCUGCAAAGAAGGUCUGCACAGCAAGAGAUCCAGUUUGGAGGAGGGAAGAGAAGAGUACCAAGAACUGCUGGAGGGCCAACUGUAAAGUAGGAAAAUAUUGUAAGAAUUCCACCAAGGUUUACCGCUUAGGGCAGCUCUCAGUGAUCAGCCAUUCAAACACAUUAAAUCCUUUGUGGAGCAUAGUAGGUUAUAAAUAAAUAUAUUCUACUUCUUUAUAGCUGCCUAUACAAUUUUCUCCAAAUUUUAUUUAAUUUGAGAAUAUGUUUUGAUUUUGGUGGGACAUGGCUUUUGAGCAGCAAACUAAGCAGGUUUUGCCAAUUGGAUUUUUCAGGGCAUGAGGCCUGUGAUGCAAAGCCCAGGUGAAGGUGCACCUGAGGGCUUUGGGCCGAAACAGGUAAUUGUGUGCUUUACGAGCCUCCCGUUUAACUGUGUCCUGCAUUGCCCUUCUUAGUGCUCCAGUGGCCAAACCAGUCACUCGGACACCAAUUUGCAUUUGCAGUAAUUCACAUGUUAAUCAUUAAAUAAACUUCUCUUUCCCUUUCAUACUAGAUUCUUAGACAUGAAUGAAUUUGCUAGUUGAAAGGAAAACUGGUUAGGAUUCUGGGCAGGUGAAAAGGGGGCCUUCAGUCUUUUUUUUUUUUUUUUUAAAGAUUUUAUUUAUUCACUUGACAGAGAUAGACACAGCGAGAGAGGGAACACAAGCAGGGGGAGUGGGAGAGGGAGAAGCAGGCUUCCCGCGGAGCAGGGAGCCCGAUGCGGGGCUCGAUCCCAGCACCCUGGGAUCAUGACCUGAGCCGAAGGCACACGCUUAACGACUGAGCCAUCCAGGCACCCCGAGGGUGCCUCCAGUCUUAACAACCAUACUAACUUCAGCUCAAGGUGAGCUUUAGCCAUUCCAUUUCUACCUCCAAAGCCAGUCUCCAGAGCCUGCUUAUCCACAUUUGUCCCUGACGGGAGCAUGAGGGAGUCCACUUCUGGACCAUUUGAUCACAAAACACAUUUUUUAUGGAAUGGUAACUUGAACUUUGUUUUUACAUGUAAUCCAACGUAUUAACGGAUAUUCUUAUAACAGGUGAGAGGGGUUUCUCAGAGCAGCUGCUGUAACAUACUCAUAAAAUGUAAUAGGCUCACACUUACUACCUAAUGAAUAAGGAGUGUGUAUAUUUUAGGUUUCUUUUGAUAUUCUUGGAGGUGACUUUGAGUGUUUAGGACUCCUCUCUUUAGUAUUAAAAAGACUUGAAAACUGAAACCUCACGGUACGAUCCUAAUUCCUUGCUUGUGUGUGUUUACACUACAUUUGAGAAUUUAUCUUAAGAACACACAGCAGCAUUGAAAUUUAGGAAAAGAAUAUUAAAUGCCUUUGGAAACAUGAAACAAAGUUAGGAACCAGCGAGCAAGUGAGAGAAGGAAUGAAUGUCUUAAUCUGAAGUGGUCUAGUCCAAAUUAGUUUCCCACAGGGUAGUUAUACAGGAUCCUUGCUUUUCCUUCUUCCAGGUUUUUCUGCUGUGGGGCCACUUCACAUUUAAUGAAAGAGUGAAUGGUGGAAGGGACAGAUAAAAAUUGAAGUGAUUUGAGUUGCUCGGUCCCUGAUUCCACCAAACCUUUCUGGACAUUCUGGAGCAUCGUGAAGGGUCUCAUGCCCCCGUUUCAUGACUUGACUCCCUAAGUGUGCAAGUUAGGAAUAGUACAGGGCCACAUUUAAGCCAGACCCCCUGUACUGUUCCUCCUGUUCAUGUGGGGAAAGAAGGAGGCUCCACUGAUUAAUGCACUUGCUCUAAACACCAGAGGGCUCGAAUCAGAAAAGGGGGUAAAAACUCAGCUUGGCCCUCCUCCAGAGCAUCUUCGAGGGAGCAUGGAGAUUGGGCUUAUUACCCUUGCAGGAGAGGUGGCUCAGCAGAGCUGCUCUGGGAUGCCCACUUGUUUCCUCCUACUUUGUCAAGGUCCAUGUUCUUCUGACUCUUCCUGCACUCUCAUUCCUGGACUGUGAGUGAUAAUGUACGAAAAUAUGCAGAGUAAAUUAAAGCCACUCGUGGCAUCAAUACUGCAACUUGAACUUGACAAUCAUGGUUUGCUGGUCUCAAACGGGCACUUAAAUUUCAGCGUGGGUAUAUGAUUGAGUAAUCGAACUCUCCCUUCUAUUUGUUGGUUAUGUUUCUACCCUUCAAUUAGCUGCCCUGUUUUCUAAUGUGCUGUAGAGUUUUUGAAAUAAUUUAUGCAAGUGUUUGGUUUCCAUGUUUACAAUUUAUACUGCUUUCCUAGCAUUUUAAAUGGAAAUGUCAAUAAAUGCUAUGAAUUGGUGUCAAA